UCAAGAACUAAAAAAGGCUGUCGGCAUUCCUCCUCAUGUCAUGGUACGCAACAAAAGUGGCCACCGUCAACGUUUUAACUAACAAUCCCUUCUUUUAAGAGAGAGGUGUCAUAAGUUUCACCAUAUGUGAACGUCGUGGGCGGGCAACAGAGCUCUCGGGCGCUGCUCCCCGCCGGAGGCUUCACCGACCAGCGUAGAACGUGAUGGUGGGCUAACGUGGAGUGAGUGUGUGGGCAAUACUAAUUCAUUAUCUGCUUCUCAAAGCAGAGAGAAGGUGUCGCGGAGAGGAGCUUCUUCCGUUCAGCUUCGUCAAGGAAAGAUCACAUUGAAGAUCUACAGAACACCAGACCCAUGAGUGCUUGACUUCAACCAAGGUUUCGCAUGAGACCUGCCUCCUGGACCAGGUUCUGGAGCUUAUUAUGAGUGAGAAGCCUCAGUCUAACAGCACCAGUCUUUUCCUAAACGAAGACGCGGAAAAAACCCACGUACCCGAAAGAGCGGACUUAAAGAGGCGAGUUUGUGCGGCCAUGGAGAGGAGGGCGAGCAUCAUGAAGGACAAAAUAAAUUCCAUCAACAAGGAGAGCGUCAAAGGUGUUCUCAAAAGGAACCUCUUUGUUAUAUUCACUAUUGCUGCUGUGGCUUUGGGUAUCAUUUUGGGCUUCGCUUUACGCUCCCACAACCUGUCCCUGAGGGAGAUAAAGUAUUUCUCCUUUCCUGGGGAGUUACUGAUGAGGAUGCUUAAGAUGCUGGUGCUGCCUCUGAUCGUCUCCAGCCUGGUCACAGGAAUGGCAUCCUUGGACAGCAAAGCAUCCGGGAAAAUGGGUGUACGCGCUGUAAUCUACUACAUGGUGACCACCCUGAUCGCUGUUUUCAUCGGCAUUGUCAUUGUAGUCAUCAUCAAGCCUGGCAAAGGCAGCAGGGACAGCCCCAUGGCAAAGAAUGGAAAUGUGGAACUUGUUCAUGCGACAGACGCUUUCCUGGAUCUCAUCAGGAACAUGUUUCCGCCCAAUCUUGUCGAAGCUUGUUUCAAGCAGUACAAAACCACGUACAAGCGGAUUAUGCACACGAGGAAUGUGACCAUGAGCCCUAACCUUACUGACAACGCGAUGAAUGUGGAAGACGCCAACUCCAAUCAUAGCGGGACCCUUCACACCAUCCAAGAGACAUUGGAGGAGACGGUACCCAUGUCGGGCAGCUCUGAUGGCGUCAACGCUCUGGGUCUGGUUUUCUUCUCCAUGUGCUUUGGUUUGGUCAUCGGCAACAUGAAGCAAAAGGGUCAGGCCCUCAGGGACUUCUUUGACUGCCUCAAUGAAGCCAUCAUGAGGCUGGUAGCGAUCAUCAUCUGGUAUGCACCGGUGGGCAUCCUCUUCCUAAUUGCGGGCAAGAUCAUGGAGAUGAAGGAUCUGGCGGAGAUGGGCGGCCAGUUGGCCAUGUACACGGUGUCGGUCAUUGUUGGCCUUCUCAUCCACGGCCUCUUUGUACUGCCGCUGCUUUACUUCAUGGUGACCAGGAAGAACCCUUACAGCUUCACCGCAGGCCUGCUGCAAGCACUCAUGACCGCUCUGGGAACCUCCUCCAGCUCUGCUACUCUGCCCAUCACUUUCCGAUGCCUGGAGGAGAAUAAUCGCGUGGACAAACGCGUGACCCGCUUUGUCCUACCCGUGGGCGCCACCAUCAACAUGGAUGGUACGGCACUCUAUGAAGCCGUCGCAGCAAUUUUUAUCGCCCAGGUCAAUGACAUGGAUCUGAACUUUGGCCAGAUUCUCACCAUCAGUAUCACGGCAACUGCUGCCAGUAUUGGAGCAGCAGGCAUUCCUCAGGCUGGCCUGGUUACCAUGGUGAUAGUAUUGACAUCAGUAGGACUUCCCACGGAGGACAUAACACUGAUCAUCGCUGUGGAUUGGUUCCUGGACCGCUUGCGUACUACCACCAACGUGCUGGGUGACUCUCUCGGGGCAGGCAUUUUGGAACACCUCUCUCGCGGAGAGCUGCAAAGUAAGGACGAAGAAGUGCGCAACUCGGUGAUCGAAGAGAACGAGAAGCCCUACCAACUCAUCUGCCAGGAUAAUGAUAUUGUGCACAACCACAACAACGAGACCACAAUGUGAUAAGUCAAAACUACAGUAUUUUUCGGUAAUGCUUCAAUGUAUGCCAUUUAUUAGUGCUCCACCGAUACAUCACUAAAAAUGACAUCAUUGAUAUCAAGGAGUACUAAGAAAUAACCUGCCGAUACUGUGCAAUAUGUACUUUUUGAGAGCUAUUUUCCAACCGUUGGUUGCCCUACCCAAGAUUGCCGCCAGCUACGCACACCGCUGUAAAAAUGGAGCACUUGUUGCCCUUCCCAAGAUGAUGAUAGACGUACAAUCAUCGUUCUGCUCUGAAUUUCAAUGAGUUUGUCACAAGUAGAGGUCCCAUUUGAAGUGGGAGGGUCACAGGCACAGCGGAUGACCGAACCCUCUCACUUCAAACUGAUUCGGUAGACAAUGACUUAAGCAGUGUCUGACCAAGCCAUGAUAGCAAUUGCUUUACAAUCAGCUACGUAUGUAUUAGUAUUAAUAGAAAAAAAUGUAUAUAUAUUUUUUAAAACGUGGUGUCGGUACAGUAUCGACAUCGGCUGAUUCCACACAACCAGUUGUUGGAAUCGAUAUCGUGAGACAAAAAAAUGAAGUUACUGAAGAGAUUUAAAUGGUCAGGUUACAUUAUAAAGUUACCAAAAAAACAUUAUGCUACAAACAAUUUGUAAUGUUAUGAGACAGAAAAUUGUAAUAUUACAAGAGAAAAUCCCUCCUAACUGUUGUCAUUUUUUUUCAAACUUCCAAACAAGAUUGCCACAAAAAGUAUGAAUACUGAAAAAAUAGGAUAAAAAAGCCACUUACAUGUUAAAUCCGUCCCUUUGUAUGACAGGCCAAUAGACCGCUUUAUUGUAAGUGAUGCCAUCUAGUGGAAGAGCAUUUAAUUCAUCUACCUUUCACUAUAAGGUGCUGGCAAAGAUAGAUAUACAAAUAUGUUUUUAUUGAGUAAAUAAUAUUUUGCGAACAAAUUAAGUGUAAUUGAAUAGUUUUCAUUUUAUGAUAAAAAAAAUGCAGUCUUAGUCUAAAAAAAAUACUUAAUUUCUUGUAAAAUCGCAACCUUUUAAGAGCAAUUUUACUCAAAGUUGUGUUUGUUUUCAAUGUGGGCUAACACAACCGUAAAGAAUAUAAGUGAUGUAUUAUUAUUUUUUGUAUUAAUUUUCCAAUUGAAUCACUACCAUGUAAGAAACCCAUCCUUUUUACAAUUUAAGGCAUACAUUUUAUCAUUUUGUUUCACAGCAUCUGCUGCAUGGUUAGUAGUUUUAGCCAUUUUUGUGCAACCACCAAAGUACCAUGAAAUCAAAACAAUUCAUUCCAUAUCAAAUAAUGUGAAAGUGCCACCAUUAUAAAUGCCUGCUGCCUCUGCAGGCAAUGUUUUAAGUAAAAUGUCCAGAGUUUAAGUAUAAAAAGGUUAACUACUGUAAAAUAAAGAUAAGGAUUAAUUAUAUUACACAAAAAUUAAUGAAUGACAACAACAACCCUGUCCAACUGUCAGACUAGUAUUUUCGUUGAAAUGCAGGUUGAACCUGAAAUUGUACACAUUUGGGAAGUUCCACUGUUUUGUCAUCUAUUAUCAAGACUACCUCUAUAGAAACUCAAUGUGGCGCUUCUGCAAUGUGACACUGUAAUUGUGCAUAUUGUAUCUCAUUUCCUCAUGCUUUGUUUGCUUACAUGCUGUAAAAAAUUUUUUUAAAAAUGUGAAUGCACUUGACUGUUAAACACUGGACUUUGCUACCUAUUGUUUUAAAAUCUAGUGACUUGCCAAGGUUUGUCUGCUUUUUGACUUUUUAAUAUCUUUUUAAGACUACGGCUGUGAAUUAAUUAAAACACAAUACAUAGUUAAGAUUGUAAAAAAACAAUUUAGUGUCCUUUUUAUGAUAUUUUGUUCAGGUAUUAGUGGUGGUGGUGGUGUUGUUUUGAUGGUUAAAAUAUAUUACCAAGUAAUAUUUGCUAUUGUGAGGGGGUACUCCAGUGUAUGGAACUCAAUGUGCAGUAGUUUAAUGCUUUUUGUGCUGACCUUCUCAUGUGAAUAGAAUAUUUUAGAAAAGUAAAAGUUUGGCUAUGUGGGCUUUAAGUAAAAAAAAUGUGAUUUCAGUGAAAGUGAUGUUUCGCCAGAAACUGAUGGCACAACGUGAUAAAAUA